AAGAUGCGUUUAAAUUUUUCAAACAAAAACACAAAAAAUUAGAAGUUUAUUACUUUUGCAUCUUGUACUGCUUGUAACUGUACUUUAAAUCUAAAAAACAAAGAUGUUUAAUACUAUAAAGAUGCUAAAAAGAUGACAACAAAGAAGUUUAAGUACAAAGAACCCAUUUUAAACCUAUACAAAGAUGUUUAUUACUAAAGAGGAGUUUAGUGCAAAGAGUAUGUAUAGUGCAAAGAGGAUGUAUAGUACUUCAAAGAAUACUUUUCUAUUGUUUUCCUUUUAUUUUUUAUUUUUAACUACCACUUCAAAAACAGCUAGAACUGAAAAAACUACAAAAAAUCUGCAAAAAUAUUUCACUACUUCAAACCUUUUGCUAAAAGAAAAAAAUUCUCUUAAAAUUAAAAAGAGAUCAGAAUAUCAAACAACUCCGUUGGUAGAUAUUACAAACAAGUUAAACGAAUCCUUAGAUAUAGAACGUAUUGUUUGGGAGAGAAAAAAAGAAGAAUUUCUUUUUAUUUUAAAAGCAAUUAUACCAGUUACAAGAGCAAUACCAAUAUUAGGCAACGUAAUUGACGUAUUUAGUAUUUGGGUUGAGCUUAUAAAACCAGGGUUAAGUGUAUGGGAUCAAAUAAAAUCUCAAGUCAACAAUGCAAUAGAAGACCAUCUCAUGGAUUACCAUUUUUCAAAUUUAGAUGUUUAUUGGGCUAGAUUAAAAUCAUACACCAGAAAAAAUUAUAACUUGACAGAAUAUGAACUACGCGAUAUAAUUUACAUGAAAAGCAGAUUUUUUCCUCAAACAUACUCAGUAUUAACGUUUGCCCCAAUUAAGUUUUGUUCUGCUAUUGUUGCGUACUUUACAUACCUAAACGCGGUGUUUUUAGAAUUAAUGGAAAAAAAAUUAGUUCUGAUAGAAAAAUAUACUCUUCAAUUACACAAAUUUAAAGAAGAAGCAAUUGAUGCAGCAAAAGCACUGCAUCGAAAGCGUUAUGAAGAGCUAAAAGGAACUGCAUACUCAAGUGGAAAAGAAACAUCAACUUUAACUUUUGAAGAUAAUUAUAAAAAACAGACGUAUACUGCUCUUUUAAGUGAGGUUAAAACAAACAUUUUUGAUAAGAUUAUGAAGAGUACAACAGAUAUUAUAAUGAUUGCAAUGGUAGAAAAAAUUAACGCAUUUUUUACCCCAAUAUUAUGUGGAGACAAAUGCCCAACAAAUAUAACUAGAUCUGACAUUGAAUUUGAGUAUGACAGUAUGUGUUUUGGAGAAAUUAUUACUCAGAGAAGUUUUGAGAAAGAUCAAAAAUGCGAUUUGCCUUGUGACAACUAUGGUUACAAAUAUGAUUGGUGCGUGUUUUUUAAUAAGUCAACAAACAGUUCAACAAUAUGGAUCAACAAUAGUUUAAAUAAGCAUAUUUUUUUGUCAAACGAUGAAGAGGUCAAUCAAUGGAAAAAAUGUAAAAAGAUUAACUGGGCAAAAGAAUCUGGUAAAAGAAGAUGCAUGUUUGUUAAAAAGGUAGAUGAUGUUCCAGAUAAAUAAAAAUCCAAAACAAAGAAAAAAAAAAUGUUUUGGAUAAAAUGUUUAUUGAUACAGCAACAUAAAACAUUUAACAAUAUGGCAUUAUAAAAUGUUGGAAAAUAAAUGAAAUUCGUUUUUAAAACAAGUACCAACAAAUUAUUUAA